GCUCCUCCCGCGCCUCCUCCGCCACGUCCUCUCCUUCCCCGAUCCCUCGCCCCACCUCCUCGCGCUCCUCUCCUGCUCCGACGCCCUCCCGCUGCGCCUCGCCCUCCCCGCCUUCCGCUCCCUCCUCGCGCUCGCGUCCGCGCCGCCGCCGCCCACCCCCGUCUACAACCGCCUCAUUCUCGCGGCGCUCCGCGAGUCCCGACUCGACCUCGUCGAGGCGCUCUACAAGGACCUCCUCCUCGCCGGCGCCGAGCCGGACGUCUUCACUCGCAACCUCCUGCUCCAGGCACUCUGUGACGCGGGCCGGAUGGAGCUUGCACAGAGGGUGUUCGACGCAAUGCCCGCCAGGAACGAGUUCAGUUUUGGGAUCCUGACUCGUGGGUACUGCCGUGCGGGGAGGAGCGUCGAUGCCCUUAAGGUACUCGACAGAAUGCCGACCAUCAACCUAGUGGUCUGCAACACGGUGGUUGCAGGGUUCUGCCGGGAGGGCCAGGUGGAGGAGGCUGAGAGGCUGGUGGAGCGGAUGCGCGCCCAGGGCCUCGCACCGAAUGUUAUCACGUUCAAUGCGAGGAUCUCGGCACUCUGCAAGGCUGGGAGGGUGCUGGAUGCGUACAGUAUUUUCAAGGACAUGCAGGAGGAGUGGCAACAGGGGCUGCCGAGGCCUGACCAGGUGACAUUUGACGUGAUGCUUAGUGGGUUCUGUGAUGCUGGGUUUGUUGAUGAGGCGAGGGUGCUGGUGGAUAUUAUGAGGUGCGGUGGGUUCCUGAGAAGGGUGGAGAGUUACAACCGCUGGUUGGCAGGGUUGGUAAGGAAUGGGAAGAUUGGUGAGGCACAGGAGCUGCUGAGGGAGAUGACACAUGAGGGAAUCCAGCCUAAUAGCUACACAUACAACAUUAUUGUCUCAGGAUUGUGCAAGGAGGGCAAGGCGUUUGAUGUGAGGAGAGUAGAGGAUUUCAUUAGGAGUGGUGUGAUGACCCCAGAUGUUGUGACUUACACUAGUUUGCUCCAUGCUUAUUGCUCAAAGGGCAACACUGCUGCGGCCAACAGGGUUCUUGAUGAGAUGGCACAGAAGGGAUGUGCGCCAAAUUCGUUUACGUAUAACGUUCUGCUGCAGAGUCUAUGGAGGGCUGGUAGGAUCACAGAGGCAGAAAGCUUGUUAGAGAGGAUGUCUGAGAAAGGCUACAGUUUGGAUACAGCAAGCUGCAAUAUCAUUAUUGAUGGACUGUGCAGGAAUAGUAGAUUAGAUGUGGCGAUGGGCAUUGUUGAUGGGAUGUGGCAAGAAGGAAAUGUGGCUCUUGGCCGACUAGGGAAUUCAUUCCUUGCUGUAACUAGUGAUUCUUCGAGCAGACAAAGAUGUCUUCCUGAUCGAAUUACUUAUUCUAUUCUGAUAAGUGCAUUGUGCAAAGAAGGUAGGUUUGAUGAAGCAAAGAAGAAAUUACUCGAGAUGAUAGUGAAAGAUAUUUCCCCUGAUUCAGUCAUAUACGACACCUUUAUUCAUGGCUAUUGUAGGCAUGGAAAGACCUCUUUGGCUAUUAAGGUUCUUAGGGACAUGGAAAAGAAAGGUUGUAAUCCAAGCACAAGGACAUACAAUUUAUUGAUUCGGGGAUUUGAAGAAAAACACAAUUCGGAUGAAAUCAUUAAACUAAUGAGUGAAAUGAAGGAUAAGGGAAUUUCUCCUAAUGUGAUGACCUACAAUAGCUUGAUCAAGUCCUUCUGUGAACGGGGAAUGGUUAAUAAGGCCAUGCCUCUUUUGGAUGAGAUGCUACAGAAUGAAAUAGUUCCAAAUAUAACUUCUUUUGACUUGGUGAUUAAGGCCUUUUGCAAGAUUGCUGAUUUCCCUUCAGCUCAUAUGGUCUUUGAUGCUGCUUUGAGAACAUGUGGGCAGAAGGAAGUGCUCUUUUGCUUAAUGUGCACUGAAGUCUCAACUUAUGGUAGAUGGAUAGAAGCCAAGAACAUCCUAGAAACAGCACUUGAAAUGAGGAUCUCUAUCCAGAGUUUCCCAUAUAAGCAGAUAAUUGCUGGACUCUGUGAAGCUGGGGAGAUGGAUCAUGCACAUAAUCUUCUCAAGCUGUUAAUAUCUAAAGGAUAUACAUUUGAUCCAGCAGCAUUCAUGCCAGUGAUAGAUGCACUAAGUAAUAAAGGAAAGAAGCAGGAUGCUGAUAUGCUGUCAGAGAAAAUGAUGGAAAUGGCAGACUUUAAUGAUGGUCUUGGAACCUAUUCUGGUAAGAUUACUCCUGGAAGCCGGAGGCAUGAGCAUGCCAAGAAUGGUCAGAGUGAUUGGCGUGCUCUUUUGCACAGAGAUGACAGCGCCCGCACAAUUAUGAAAAUUACAAGGAGAGUGCGGACAGGAUGGGGUCAAAGAGGCAACGUAUACGAGCACAAACAGCAACAAAAUGAUGAUUUUUAUGUACUAGAGAACACUGGUUAAAUCUGAUGUUUAAAUUAUUCUAUCAAGAAAGGCCACAAGGAGUAUCUAAUCCUAUGUCUGGUCGGUGAUGCAAUUGAUGACUUGACCAUUUUUAGCACUGUUGGAAGCUCAGUUUAUAUCUGAGAAUCACUGUUGAAUUGAAG